UCGAUCGAACUCGGCGACGCCACGGCACCAUUCCCACGGUCCUCCUCUUUUGUCACCACUUUCCACGCUCCCUCAGCAUUCUGCAUUAGCUCUCAACACGGCAUAUUGAUAAUUCUAUUGUGAACGAGAGUUUCGUCCGUUAGUUUGCAGAGAGAGAGAGAGAGGGCGAAGAGACAGACAGGGGUAGGUUUCGAGGUUUGUGGAGGUAGCGAGGGCGUGUGUGGUGGUGCGUCUUCGGAGAUGAGGUGGUGGUAGAGUUUGUUGGAGAGGAGGAGAGGGAAUGGUUCGACGUACGCAGGUAGGGUUUGAUGUGCGGCAGGAGGGAGGUGCGUACUUUGUGUCGGAUUAGGGUUUGGGAGUGCAAUAAUUGAGGGUUCCAUGUUGGGGACCGGCAAGAUGAAGAAGGCGUUGUUGUCGAAGCCAGGGGAGUGGGCGGACUCCGUCGGGGAUAAAUUGGGGCGGUUUUUGCCAAGCCGGAAGAACAAGGAUACCCUACCGAGGAAAAAUUCUGCGCCCAAUUUGGUGAACUAUGGUGCUGAGGAUGAUGUGGAUGUGCCGAUUGGGAGCCAGUGGGAUGCAUUGGACAAUGACGGUUGCAGCAGAGGAGUGCCGGAUCCUCAGGGGCCGGAUACGUCGUCUCUGUCUGCGUUUCUGAUGAAUCUUUUGACGUCUGACAAGAAUGACAAUGGUGGAGGUAAUAAGUCUUUAGGGUUUGGAAGAGGCAGGGCUGGGGCUGAGAACCAAUCGCCUUUGCAAUCGCGGUUCCACAGGGAGCCGUCUGGGGCAGCAGAGGAGGAAGGGACUGCACAGAAUGGUGAGUUUUAUGAUGUCGAUUGGUUGCUCGUGGAUGAGCAUGUCAAGGUGAGCGACCCGGUGGGUAUCCCUCCUCGUAAUUCAAAAAAGAAGCUGCCAAGUAAUACCCCAGAUCGCUUGCCCGGAAUGUCCGACCAGUCACGUCUCCUUUCCGACGAUACUCGCUGCAGCAUCCACCCUGCUCUGCCGACGCUUGCCAGAGGUCGACGAUGGGUGCUACUCUACAGUACUGAGAAGCAUGGAAUGUCGCUUCUUACUCUGUACCGGAAUAGUAACAUGAUGACUGGGCCUCUGUUACUUGUUGCCGGGGACAAGGAAGGCGCCGUUUUUGGUGGCCUGAUAACGGCUCCUUUAGUACCAUCACCGAAGAAGAAAUAUCAAGGGACAAACGACUCAUUUGUGUUCACCAAUGUCUCGGGAACUGCAACGAUCUUCCAUGCCUCAGGCUUGAAUAGAUACUACGUUCUGGCGAUGUCGGAUUCCCUCGCACUGGGAGGCGGGAGCCACUUUGCUCUUCACAUAGAUUCAGAGCUCCUGCAUGGUUCAAGUGGCGAAUGUGAUACCUUCGGGAGUUCAUGCCUUGCAAACAGUGAGGAGUUUGUCCUCAAGCAUGUAGAGCUGUGGGGAUUUGACCACACUCAGCGUCAUGGAUCGUUGACUGAGCCGUCACCUCUCAUGUCAUGGUCAUGAAUUCAGCAAUUCUGAAUCAACAGGUUUGAGCGCAAGAUUGCCCACCUGCCAGACAGCAGAUUUGUGUCCGUCGUAGCUGCAUCUGCGGAAGCUAUGGCACCAUGUCUUCACCUCAAUUUUAUUGGUUAGCCACCUUCGCUGGCCCAAAUUUGGAUUCUUCUCCAGCGAGUCAAAGCACACUGCAAACGCUUAAGUUGCAUUGGAUUAGACUUAGUUGACUUAAGUGAAGGAGAAGAAUCUGAGACUGCAGCAUAAGAUGGAUAGACAUGGAUUGGUUGGCUCCACAGUUCAUAAGAGCAUCAUCUUCUUAUUCUUCAGUUGGUACAUUACCAAAGCCUUGGGUGAAGUUUGUGUAUUUUACAAAACACCUCAGUAGUAGCGUAGAACUUCUGUAUUUUAUGAUGCUGGAACGAGUAAUAACUCUAUAAUUGUAAUUAGUGUAAAUUUAAACAGUAAAAGAGAACUACAUUAUGCUUCGAUUGAGAGCAUCUUAAUUCCA